CUUUCCAAAACCCAACUUUAUUCCCCUCGAACUCACCUCUAAAAAGAAACCAUCCUCCCCCUAUCCACAUUGUGUUCACAAAAAAACAAUCUCUCUCUCUCUCUCUCCCACUUGAAUUCACCUCUUCAAAAAGAGCAAGCAUCUCCUCAUCUCAACUUGUUGUGAGCAACCGGAGACAUGCACAUUAACGACGAGUGAGCUUGCUAGAGAGAAGACUGAACAUUUCACGACGUAAAUUAUGGGUUCGCCUGCAGAACUAAGUCUAGACUGCAAGCCCCACAGCUAUUCUUUGCUGCUAAAGUCCUUUGGAGAACAGACUGAUCAGACUCAGAAACUCGAAGAAUUCCUUUAUCGUCUCGAGGAAGAGCGACUCAAGAUCGAUGCAUUCAAGCGUGAGUUACCCCUCUGCAUGCAGCUUCUCACCAAUGCCAUGGAAGCUUCAAGGCAGCAGCUACAGACCUACCGAACAAACCAGGUGUCAAGGCCAGUCCUUGAGGAAUUCAUACCCCUUAAACAUUCGGCUUCUGAUCAAGGAUUAGAGAAAGCAUCUACCGCAUCAGAGAUGGCGAGUUGGAUGACAACGGCACAACUGUGGAGCCAAUCGAGUGAUGGAAGCAAGCAGCAGCCGGCCACGGCAGCUUCUGCAAAAGAAGUAGGCGAUCAGUGCUUCAGUGUGAGCCCCAAGCUAGCUUUAGACAGCAAGCAAAGAAAUGGAGGAGCUUUUCUUCCCUUCUCAAAAGAAAGGAACACAUGUGCGAGUCCUACUUUACGGGGUCUUCCCGAGUUGGCUCUUGCCUCAACGGACAAAGAGAUGGAAGACAAGAAAUGCUCAGAGUCCGAUAAUGCGGUGUCAGUGUCUUGCUCGAGGAGAGAGAAUUCCAGCAAGUCUAACGCCGGAGGAACGGCCACCACAGAGCAAGGAAAGGGAGGAAGGAAUUCCGCAGAACCACAGCCAGCGACGACAACCCAAACUCAUAGGAAAGCAAGGAGGUGCUGGUCGCCGGAUUUGCACCGACGCUUUGUGAACGCCCUCCAAAUGUUGGGUGGUUCUCAAGUUGCCACCCCAAAGCAAAUCAGGGAGUUGAUGAAGGUUGAUGGCUUGACUAACGAUGAAGUAAAAAGCCAUUUGCAGAAAUAUAGACUCCACACUCGAAGGCCGAGCCCAAGCCCUCAAGCGGCUGGAACUCCGGCACCGCAGCUUGUAGUCUUGAGUGGGAUUUGGGUCCCACCGGAGUACGCGACGGCGGCAGCAGCAGCAGCUCACCCUGCUGCACCGACCAUCUACAGCGCACAUCCAGCUUCCCACGCUUCAACACACUACUGUGCACCGGCCGUGGCGCAAGAGUUCUAUCCGACACCUACGCACCAGCUCCACCAUAGCCUUCACCACGUGUACAAGGCAUCGUCUCAGACCCACAGCUCCCCGGAAUCCGAUGGUAGACCGGCCGGAGAUGGGUCGGAGAGCAUUGAAGAUGGGAAGUCCGAGAGCAGCAGUUGGAAUAAAGGCGACAGUGGUGAUCAGAAUGGAGGAGAAAGAAAAGGGUUGGCUUCACUGAGAGACGAUGGAGAUGAGAGCAAUGGAAGUGAGAUCACUCUCAAGUUCUAGACAUAGUCUUUCUUACUUCUGGUAUGCAAGCUACUAUGAGGCUUCUUUUACCCUCUUUCUUUUUUGCUUUUUUGUUUUAUUGCUUUUCUGAGACUCUGAGACUGAGAGUUGGAGUCUUGGAGAGGGUAGUAGAAGGGGCAGAAAAGAGAAAAGCGAGUGUUUGUUUUGUUUUUCCAUCUUUACAUUGUUAUUACUUGUUUGGUCAUUGGUGACUGGACAUAGCCUGAGAAAAAUUGAAGUUUGGAAUUACAUGAUCUUUGGCGUUUUA